CUGCCAUUUUGGUUUUGUUCCCGUCUGCAGUCGCGAAGCCAGCAGCGCAAUCACACCGGAGAGACUGAGCCAGCGACGUAGUGACUCGACAAUAUAGCAGCCGACUGUCCUCACCAGGCACCCCGUGUCCAUUUUCUCCGUACUAAACCGUCAAUUCUCCCGUCGUCGUCAGCACUGACACCCAGACACAGCGGGAGAGGUGCGGGUUCGCGUUGGGAAGGGACCGAGAAGCAUUAUUGAUGUCCAGCUCGCCGCUGUCCAAGAAGCGUCGCUUGUCAGGAACAGAGACGAAGACGGGAUCCCACUGCUCCUCCUCUAACUCUGUCAGAACUGAUCUGUCCCACACACCUGCCAACGGCAUGGCUAAGAAUGGCAAUGAUGCUGAGAUUGACGAAGGCCUGUACUCCAGACAACUUUACGUGUUGGGCCAUGACGCGAUGAAGCGCAUGCAGAACUCCAAUGUCCUUAUCUCUGGUAUGAGAGGUCUUGGAGUGGAGAUUGCCAAGAACGUGAUCUUGGCAGGAGUAAGAAGUGUCACUGUACACGACCAAGGAGUUGCAGAAUGGAGAGACCUCUCCUCUCAGUUCUACCUCCGGGAGGAAGAUCUGGGGAAGAACAGGGCCGAGGUGAGCCAACACCGUUUGGCUGAACUCAAUAGCUACGUUCCUGUGACCGCCUACACUGGAGAACUCACUGAAGACUCUAUGUCCAAGUUCCAGGUGGUAGUACUGACCAACUCAAAUCUGGAAGAGCAGCAUCAAGUGGGGGACUUGUGUCACAGCAAAGGAAUCAAGCUGAUCAUCGCAGACACACGUGGCCUGUUUGGCCAGCUUUUCUGUGACUUUGGUGACGAGAUGGUCGUCUUUGACACCAAUGGAGAGCAGCCACUAAGUUCCAUGAUUUCCAUGAUCACCAAGGACAAUCAAGGGGUUGUGACAUGUCUGGAUGAGACUCGUCAUGGCUUUGAGAGUGGCGACUAUGUCACCUUCACAGAGGUUCAGGGUAUGACUGAGCUCAACGGCUGCCAGCCAGUGGAAAUCAAAGUUCUGGGUCCCUACACCUUCAGUAUCUGUGACACAACUGGUUUUACGGAUUACGUGAGAGGAGGAAUUGUCUCUCAGGUCAAGAUGCCCAAGAAGAUUGCUUUUAAAUCCAUCUCUUCCUCCAUGGCUGAGCCAGAGUUUGUAUUGACAGACUUUGCCAAGUUCGACCGUCCAGGGCAGCUUCAUGUGGGCUUCCAGGCGAUCCAUGCCUUCCAGAAGAAACACAACCACCUUCCUGUACCUUGGAACCGGGCUGAUGGUGACGAGCUCUUGACAUUGGCCAAGGAGGUGAACUCUGCCCAGACCGGCUCCGCCAAAGUGGAGCAGUUGGAUGACGAUCUUAUCAAAAAGUUGUCAUUUGUUUCUGCUGGAGACCUGGCCCCUGUCAAUGCAUUCAUUGGAGGUCUGGCAGCGCAGGAAGUGAUGAAGGCAUGUACAGGAAAGUUUAUGCCAAUGAUGCAGUGGCUGUAUUUUGAUGCCCUGGAGUGUUUGGCCGAAGAGGAAGGAGUCACACUCACCGAGGAAGAAUGCGCCCCUAGGAACUGUCGCUAUGAUGGGCAGAUUGCAGUGUUUGGCACCAAGCUGCAGGAUUUGCUUGCCAAACAACGCUACUUCCUGGUUGGAGCUGGGGCCAUUGGCUGUGAACUGAUGAAAAACUUUGCGAUGAUCGGCCUGGCUGGCGGAGAGGGCGAGGUCAUUGUGACGGACAUGGACACCAUAGAGAAGUCCAACCUCAACAGACAGUUCCUCUUCAGACCCUCAGAUGUGACGAAAAUGAAGAGCGAUACUGCAGCUGCGGCAGUGAAGCAGAUGAACCCGUCCAUCAGGAUCACAGGUCACCAGAACAGAGUGGGCCCCGACACUGAGAGGGUAUAUGACGACGACUUCUUUGAAAGCCUUGAUGGAGUGACCAACGCACUGGACAAUGUAGAUGCACGCAUGUACAUGGAUCGGAGGUGUGUGUACUACCGUAAACCCUUACUGGAGUCUGGUACUCUUGGCACCAAAGGCAACGUCCAGGUCGUGAUCCCCUUCCUCACAGAGUCAUACAGCUCCAGCCAAGACCCACCGGAGAAAUCCAUCCCCAUCUGUACCCUGAAGAACUUCCCAAAUGCUAUUGAACACACACUGCAGUGGGCCCGUGAUGAGUUUGAGGGAUUAUUCAAACAGCCACCAGAGAAUGCCAUGCAGUACCUCUCAGAUCCUAAGUUCAUGGAGCGUACUCUGAAGCUGCCUGGAGCUCAGCCUGCGGAGGUCCUGGAGGCUGUCUACAAGAGUCUCGUCACAGACUGCCCCCAUAGCUGGGCCGACUGCGUAGCCUGGGCACGCAACCACUGGCAGUGCCAAUACAGCAACAACAUCCGUCAGCUACUGCACAACUUCCCCCCCGAUCAGCUCACCAGCUCUGGUGCCCCCUUCUGGUCUGGCCCAAAGAGGUGUCCUCACCACCUAGAGUUCAGCACUAGCAAUGAGCUGCACAUGGAUUAUGUUAUGGCUGGGGCAAACCUGUUUGCUCAGACAUACGGCCUUCCAGGCAGCACUGAUCGUGCAGCUGUGGUCAAGAUCUUGCAGGAUGUCAAGGUGCCGACCUUUAUCCCUCGUUCAGGAGUUAAAAUCCAUGUAUCUGAUCAGGACCUGCAGAAUAGUAAUUCCUCUGUUGAUGACUCGAGACUGGAGGAGCUAAAGGUCACGCUGCCUUCCCCCGAGACUUCACAGUUCAAACUCUGCGCCAUCGACUUUGAGAAGGAUGAUGACACAAACUUCCACAUGGACUUCAUUGUGGCAUCAUCGAACCUGAGAGCAGAGAACUACGACAUUCCCCCUACAGACAGACACAAGAGCAAACUGAUAGCUGGCAAGAUCAUUCCUGCCAUCGCCACUACCACGGCUGCAGUGGUGGGCCUGGUGUGUCUGGAGCUCAUCAAGAUUGUCCAAGGUCACAAGAAGCUAGAAUCGUUCAAGAAUGGCUUCAUGAACUUGGCCCUGCCUUUCUUUGCCUUUUCUGAACCCAUUGCUGCUCCCAAACACAAGUACUAUGAAAUUGAUUGGACGUUGUGGGAUCGCUUUGAGGUCACAGGUGUUCAGCCCAACGGGGAGGAGAUGACACUCCGACAGUUCUUGGACUACUUUAAAACCGAGCACAAGUUGGAGAUCACCAUGCUUUCUCAGGGAGUGUCCAUGCUCUAUUCCUUCUUCAUGCCUGCUGCCAAACUCCGAGAGAGACUGGACCUGCCGAUGACAGAGAUUGUGACUAAGGUGUCCAAAAAGAAGCUGGGAAAGCACGUGAAAGCCCUGGUGUUUGAGCUAUGCUGUAACGACCUGUCAGAUGAAGACGUGGAAGUGCCCUAUGUCCGAUACACCAUCCGCUGAGCGCCACACUAUACCCAUCCACAAGACGGUGGGGGUUGCGGGGGAAGGGUGGGCAGUGGUUAUUAUAAUUGAGGAUUGGGGUGGGUGGGUUGAUCCAGGUUGGCUCCAUUGGAUCAGUCAGUUUUCUGUUAGGCCUGUGGUUUGUGUAAACCUGUGCCUGAGUGUACAUAGUCCCAGUAAGCUGACUUUAAGGAUACCUGUAUGUGUGUUAGGGAUCCAGUUGGUGCUCGGCUGUGGGAACAGGGGGAGUCGCUGGAGGAAGGGAGCAUGUAUACUGGACCUCCUGAUGUUUCUCAGUAGCAGAACCCUUCUGCUCCAUUGAAUUCCACGCCUUCAUGUUUUCAUGGUACUCAAUAGAUCAACUAGUGUCCCUCUGAAACACCCUCGCACUCUAACUAAGCUUCAUCGCUAGAGGAAAGGUUUUUUAACGACUCUCCACUCUACUUGCUCUCUUCCCUUUUCCAACCCUGUUUCUCGUAGACCUGCUCCCACAUUACUGUUUUGUUUUUCCAGAAAGAUGCAGGUAAAAGGAGUUCAGCUAAGAAACCCCAAAGUAGUGACGUGUAUUGAGAAUCCUUUUAAGAAUCCCCUUAAUUCUACCUGAAAGUUUGAGUUUAAAGCUAAAGAAACGCCCAAAGACUCGGUCAAACCCAAGUCGACGGCAUUUCCUUACUGGAAAAAUAAUCACACGCCAGCAGAAUAGGGACCCUCGCUGGUUUGAAGCACCCUUAACACACCCACCUCAUCCAGCACUCUUGACUUCGGAGGGGCUCUUGCACAUGACAUCAGUUUUCUCUUUAUAUUUCAUGUGUUUUGUUUUCUAUUUUAUUUUUUGUGGGGGUGAGAGUGGCCGAAGGUUUCAAACACACAAACACCUUGUUAGAUCAUGCCUACUUUCUACUUUAACUCCAAAUGACAUUACAGUGUAAAAGCAAGGCAAUGAGAUGUAUCUUGAAAUGCGAGCACUUAGUGUGAUAGUGAAUAAACAUGUAAAAGAUA